UUUCCCGUGAUCAGCAUCUCCAUUCCUCUCUCUUCCCGUGACCACAACCCCCCCUAAAAUCCUUGCUUUAACGAAAUUCUUCCUGACAAUCUUUGUCUCUUCUGAAUCUUCUCCCAUACCUUCAUCCUACUCAUUUCCCAUUUCCCAUUUCCCCCCACUCAAUCAAAUUACUCCUAUAAUUAAUUAUGAUUCAACAUUUCCAACCACAAAUCCCUAAUUUUAAAGCAAUCCACCCUAUUCCCAUUCACAUUUCCAUUAUCUUUCCCUCUUUCAUUUAACAUCCCUUCCCAAUUUGUCAUUUUCUUGCUCAAAUCCCACCAUUAUGACAACCACUUUUUACUAUUCUAACCAAAAUUUUAUAAAUAACUACCCAAUUUUCAUAUCUUAUCCCCAAUUUAAACCCCAAAUUCACAAAAACAAACUUUUCGUCCUCAUUAUUUCCAUGGCUUCCUCUUUCUUUUUCCUUUAUUUUCUCCUCUUUUUUUCUUUAUCCUCCAUUUCUUCCUCCCAUGGAAGAAGCUCCGUUGUUUUUAGCAAACAGCGUUCUAUGGCUGCUAUUCGACUUGCGUGUAAGGCAACCCGUUUUCCUGAUGCGUGUCAGGCUUCGUUAACGAGUCGGGUUUUACACGAUUCGAACCCGACUCCGGUUGAAGUUAUUGGGUCUGCCCUUAAUGUGUCGGCUCAGAAUCUUAAUAAGGGUCAGGCUAUGGUUCAGCAAAUUCUGGAAUCUUCUGCUCAUAAUCCCAACCGGUCACGUGCCGCGCAAACGUGUUUAGAGGUUUUGGGUUUUUCCGAGGCACGGACCUCACAGGCAGACGAUGCUAUGUCACGUGGUAACCUGAGGGAUGCACGUGCAUGGGCUAGCGCCGCCCUUUGCUACCAAUACGACUGUUGGUCAGGUCUAAAAUACGUCAAUGAUUCAGCAUUGGUGAAUUCAACGAUGUCAUAUUUCGACACAGUCUUAAUCACCUCCACUAGUAACGCACUCAGCAUGAUCCGUGCACUGGACGCAUUGGGUCCUGAUAUGAGUAAAUGGGGCCCUCCCCGAACUGAGCGAGACGGAUUUUGGGAGCCAAUUGUGGGUGCAAAUGGGUUUAGAUCCGCAAAAUUCAGGUCACUGGCGGGUUAUUUUGCAGACCCGGAUGUAACAGUGUGCAAAGGAGGAGGGUGUACGUACGAGAAGGUGCAGCUUGCGGUUGAUGGUGCGCCGGAGAAUUUGGGAGGAGGGAAGAAGUAUGUGAUUAAGAUUAUGGAAGGGGUUUAUGAUGAGAUAGUUAGGGUGCCAUUUAAUAAGAAGAAUUUGGUGUUUUUGGGUGAUGGUAUGGGUAAAACUGUCAUUACCGGAUCUCUAAACACUGGCUUAAUGGGGAUUACUACUUAUAAUACUGCUACUGUCGGGGUUCUUGGUGAUGGAUUCAUGGCCAGUGGCCUUACAAUUCAGAACACUGCAGGACCUGAUGCCCAUCAAGCAGUAGCCUUUCGGUCAGACAGCGACUUCUCCUAUAUCGAAAAUUGCGAGUUCCUUGGUAACCAGGACACCAUCUAUGUCCACUCCCUCCGGCAGCUCUUCAAGUCAUGCCACAUUGAAGGAAAUGUCGACUUUAUUUUUGGCAAUGCAGCCGCCAUCUUCCAAGACUGCACCAUCCUAGUUUGUCCCCGUCAACUCAAACCCGAGAGUGGUGAGACCAAUGCCAUUGCUGCACACGGGAGAACAGACCCGGCUCAGACCACAGGGUUUGCCUUUCUUGGCUGCCUCAUCAAUGGAACCGAUGAGUACAUGAGACUGUACUAUAACAAGCCUAGCAAGCACAAGAACUACUUAGGGAGGCCCUGGAAGAUGUAUUCUCGGACCGUUUACAUCAAUUGCACAAUGGAAGCUCUUAUCAACCCUAACGGUUGGCUUCCAUGGACCGGCGACUUCGCAUUGUCUACUCUGUAUUAUGGGGAGUUGGGGAAUUCCGGUCAAGGCGCUCUUUUGACGAACCGAGUCCCGUGGAGCAGCCGAAUUCCUACAGAGCACGUCUCGACUUUUUAUGCACAGAACUUUCUACAGGGUGAUGAGUGGAUCACAACUGCUUCAUGAAUUUUGUAAACUUCUAAAAUGCUAAUCAGUAUAGUCGAACGUUUGCAGAAAGAAUUUACUUGCACUUCUGAUCUCACACAUUGUUCGAAGGCCGAGAUAUCACAGUUUUUGAUAAGAUUAGACCCUUCUGGCUGCGGUAUUACUAUGCCUGUGUACAGAAAUUAGAAAAAUGAAAUGAAAAGUUGAGCUCAUAGACAUAUAAACCCAACUAUAUUGAUCUUCUGGCAUUUUGGGCGACGUAUCUGGAUUUUUCUGUGUUUAGUAUUUUCACCUAUCCAAUUUAAUAGUCUCAUUUAGUUUUUUUUUACA